AUUAAACUUUCACUAGCUCUGUUUGCAACUUAGGAAUGAGCGAGCCCAAGGCUUCCAAUAUCAGGCUGCUAAGGCCAUUGUGAGAUGACCUCCACUGUGACGUCACCCCCCUGCUAACUCACCGGACAGGUAAGCCUCAGAGCAUUGCUGGACCUGCUUCCUGGAAGCUAGCCAGCUACCUGCUCAUAUUUAUUGAUAUUGCUCAAAAAGGAAGAACCAUAUCAACGAACAUGUAAGUAGGACUUUUCUCCCACAGCUUCUGCAUUGUGCUUGUCUCAUCGUUUAUGAUGGUUCAUGCCAGUCCCUCACAGGGGGUAGGGGGCUAUUUCUUCCCUAGCUAAGAUUGGCUUUCUCAGUCAGGACCAUGGUAAACACAGCAGCUGCCCCCUUUUAGCCCCUGCCUCUGGGCUUGAGGAAAACACUCCCUUCCCAGGACAGUUGGAGAUACCAGCUUGCUGGCAAUCUGAACCAUUUUAAGAUCAAGAAGAUGCAAAUAGCUACCGGUGACAAGUGGGAAUUCAUGUCACAUCUUGAACCUUGACGUGGCUCAGGGGCACUGCAGUCAUGUAACAGGGGAGGAGUCUGCGAGUCUCAUUUCUCACCUAUUUCCUCAUUUUGCUCUAGGCUUCAACGACUGCAAUCCUUAUUGAAAAAGAACAGCAAAGUCACCCCGCAGACUCCAGUGGAAGGGGGACCAAUUCCUUCCCUGGAAGUAUGGGAAGACCAUGGCGAAAGGGUACAGUCUUCCCCACCUGGCUGCCAACACAGUGAAACACAUUCCCCGUACGAAUUUGGAGCUUCCUACUAGGCGCUUAUGGGCGUGGUGGGUGCCAUUUAUGUUGGCUUCCAUCUCCAGCGUGAGGAGGCACCUGGGCUGUUUCAGGCAAGCCGUCAAAGAUCUCUUCCCAUCACUUUAAUGGCUUCUUGCCUUUUAUAACUUCCAGGGGAUCGGCAUGGCCAUCAAUUUCUUAGCAGCAAUAGAAGCAGAAAGGAAGCCCAUCAUGGCAAAGGAGGACCUUGCUAAGAAGAUAGUGGUGAGUGAGGUAGUACUUUGAGAAGGUAUCACCCACAGGGUGGAUAGGAGAGAUCUUAGCAGUGGAUUUUCUGCAAGAUAUUCUGGUGGUGGGUAAGGCUAGUGCACGGCAGAGAAGAGAACAUUGGAAAUGGAGGACCUGCAUGUCUAGAACCUCUCUCUGUGGAGAGGUCUAUGUAUAACAUGUGGGUGCCUGGGAUAUGUGGCCUCUUUUGCACAUGGAAACCCCUUCACAUUGAUACUGUACAGACAUGGGUUUUGUGGAGUUGCAUUUCAUGCUUGAUAACUUGCUUGCAUGUCCAAUAUCAAGAAAACAGCUCAAAGUCAGCUGGUGGUGAAGUUAUGAGUAAACUACUUUAGGGAGCUGAGAGGAACUACGUGCAGCUGAUUUCCAUUUCUUCUGUCCCCCCACCCAUCUCUUCAAGGGCCUGAUGGAGCGAUACAAAGACCAUCCCCUUGCCUUUUUCAUUUUUACCAGCUGCAUGAAUGCAAUCGCAAAUCUGAGGUAAGUUGUGGUAGGAGUCUGGUGGAACAGGAGAUAUUUUUCCCCACGCCACAGAGCAGUCAGAAGCAAAGGAAAAGGACUGGAGUGAGCAAAUGCACCACAAAGAAGCAGAUUGUGCUCCACUAGCCACAAACCCUGGCAAAUCAGCAAGUGGGUGAGCAAGGAUCUGAGGAUUAUUGGCUCUGAGGAGGUUCUGGGAAGAGCUUUUGACUCUCCUAACAACCCUCCACAGGUCCUUUAGAGAAGUUGGCCUCAGGCCGGCUAGGGGGAAUUGCCCUGUUUCUAAGUAGACGUGCUUCAAAUAGACUGUGCUAUAAAUGUGCUUGCCUUGCAGCCUAGGAAAAUGAUAUUCUGAUGAUCCCUUUCUCUUUUCCUUUCAUCAUCAAUGGGAAAGCCUCUGCCAUUAGAACAACUACGCUUGCAAGUUUCCAUCCCCUUGGCAGAGUUUGGAUCCAGAAAGGCUCUUUCCAAGAGCAACUUUCCUAUAGGUUCCUACAUUAUGGGUGCAUCAGUUGUUUUGGCAAACAGUGUGGUAAAAAAAUCCAUCACAUGUUUGCAGAUUCAUCAUCCCGCAUGCAUGUGGGGUGAGAUUUUCUGCUACUUUUUUUUUAGGGUGGGUAAGGAUCCCUCCCCCUGAACUUACAAGGACCGAUGACUGACCUUACUUAACUUAAAUAAUAGCAGAGAUUUCCCCCCCCCCCUUUUCCUUUAUUAUCCAUUUCAAAUAAAGUUCUGCCUUCGCUGCUGACUAGACAAAACUCCUAGAAGCUUCCCAGUCCACCUGAGCUUUCUCAAAUACCACAGAUGCAAGGAAGUCUGGCUGGGCUGGGAGGCUGUGGGCAGACUCCUGCUGCCAUGGGAACUGCAACCUUGUUUAUGAUAGUUAUAAACAGGUACAGAAACCAACAAACACCUUGAGGUUUUCUUUUUCCUUUUUGGAGUAAAUUGUACCAAUUCCUCUGAAAUGUCACCCGAAUGUGCAUAUCUUUUCCCCUCUGGUUCUCAGGGAUACCUUCUUUUGGGCUGGAUGAUGGAGCCAAGCUCAACUUCAGCUAAACCUGAUGAAUAUUCCCUCCAUCACAUAAUAGAAUCCUGGUUUUUCCUCCCCCCUUACAGCAGAAGCAGCCCUCCGCUCUCAGAGAAACUAGAGGCGAAGCUGCUCCAAGUCACUCUGGCACGCCUCAUUAUAAAGAGCACAGAAAGUGAAGCGGUUUGCGACAAGGUAAAUUCUUACUGAAUUUCAACAGUCUUGAAAAACACCUGCUGUGUCUGUGGUCACCAAUCCCUUGUCUCUGAGCUGAACCACUAAGGCACAUUUCGUCUUGAGCAAUGCACAGACUUCUGCAUUUCAGAUGAAGCAAGAGGAGGCAUUAUGAUAACAAGCCCACCUUUGUACCCUCUGUGCAUGGAUCCCCUUUCCAAAGGAGGAACUGUCUUAGACAGUCUGAGCGAAAAGGCUCUGCAUAGUUCCUUUUCUGCCUGCUCUGUUUGGGGAUGGAGAUCUGCUAUGUAGCAAUGACGUUGCUUGUUUUCUGUUGCUUGCAGGCCCUUUGCAGAGGAGCCUCUGAAGCCCUGGGUGCAAUGCUCAAGGGGCUACUUUCAGAGGCCCCCACAAUGCACCACCUUCUGAAGAUCUUGGAGGUGAGUGUUGAAUGUUGAGUCUCUAUUCCUUUCAAGUGUGGUGUGCUGAUGGACAGACUGCCUACCCUCCAACAUUUCUUCAAUGAAAAUAAGAGACUUCCCCUCCAACAUUUCUCCAGUGAAAACAGGGACAUCCUAAGGGAAAGCGGGACAUUCCAGGAUCAAAUGUGAAACCGCGACAGCUUAUGUAAACCCGGGACUGUCCCUGGACUGGCAGGGACAUCUUACCACUGGGGGGGGGGGGGGUAUUUCAUUAGUGAAAUUGUUCCCUAUGGGGCUGUGUCUCUUUGGCUGGAUGACUAGACCCAGUGCUUUUUUUCUUAAAAAAAUGUUUAGGGGUGCUCUCAUUUUCCUACUCAUAUUGAAAUACUGCCCCUCAACGAGGUCAAACUUAGAGUCACAAAAUGUUUAGGGGAAUGCGUACUCCUGUGUACCCCCAGAAAAAAGCACUGACUAGACCUCUUACAAAAUGCAUUCAGCAAGCUCAGUAUGUUUUGAGCCAGUUUAACUGUUCUCCAGAAUGUCUGCAGAAUUGCUGCAUUUUCUGGAAAACAAAGUCCAUGUAAAGGCAAAGGACCCCUGGCAGUUAAGUCCAGUCGCAAAGGACUCUGGGGUUGCGGCACUCAUCUCGCUUUACUGGCCAAGGGAGCCGAUGUUUGUCCGCAGACAGUUUUUCCAGGUGAUGUGUCCAGCAUGACUAAGCCGCUUCUGGCGAAUCAGAGCAGCGCACAGAAAUGCCGUUUACCUUCCUGCCGGAGCGGUACCUAUUUAUCUAAAUGCACUUUGACGUGCUUUCGAACUGCUAGGUCCAUGUAGAGUUCUUUAAAAUCAGGCACAGCUCUCAAAGAGCACGAUAAUGGACUUGGGAGAUUUUUUUGGCCUGUGCAAUGCUUUUUCCUUCCUCAGCACUUCCAACAGUACAUGAGGUCUUCAGACCGGCUAGAGAAGGCCCAGGCCAUCAAAGCCACCAAUUAUAUUUGCUUGGAAGCCUAUUACAGUCUCGGCCUGCAUUACGAUGUGAGUAUUCAACAUGUGAGUGGAGCUUGGCAUUAGAAGUCCGCAGAACCCUGGGAUGGGAGGAAAGAAGAAGGACCAGAGAACAUUUCCUCCCAAUCUCCACUGGAGGUUCUCCUUCCUGAAGAUGGCCUUGUGGGGCCUUAAGACUAAAGGGGAAAGAAGCUGAAUUCCUUGGUGGAUCUGGGCGGCGGCGGCGGGGGGGGGGGGGGGAGAAGUAAUGAAAGAAGCUCACUUUGAUGGCUCUGACUGUGGGAUUUUAUCUAUCUUUCCAGCUUCAUGAAAUGCGGGAGCAUCUCAGCCGAUUAUGGAGGAGCAGCAAGAUCAAGCAGAAAUAGCCUCUUCCUGUUGUCUCUUCCUUUCUCUUCCUUUCUUGAUCCCACCUAGAGGUGCUAACUGGAUUUCCUGGGUCCAGCGCUGUGUAGGCCGAUCAAGCCCAUUUCCACCUCUGCAAACUGUAUAUAUGCUGUUUAUGUACAGAUAUUGAUGUACAAAUAUGGAACAUUAUUUAGAGCCUGUAUUGUGGAUUGAAGAUGGUUUGUUUUAAGAUUGUUUUAGCCUGCCUUUCAGGCAAAAUAUACAAAAUAUAUAAGUGCAUGCAGUUUCAAA